GGCCAAUAAUUAUAAAUGGCACCUCUACCAACCGGCGCACCUACUCCUUCCAUCUCCUCUAACGCUGGCUUUAAAACUCUCCCAAAGACUAUUUGAUGCCUAACGGGGAUCAUGUUGUAGCAUCGAUGCCUGGUACGUCGUCUGCUCCGGUAUCACCUCCAAAUGGAUAUUGGGGUGUUUUUCUUGAGGGCGUUUACUGAUUAAUUAGCUUGCGAGGUUAAGGGCUGGCUUUGCUAGAGGUCGGAGAUUCGGAUCUAUGAACUCGGCUGCAGCACAAGUACAACAACCUUUCUAUCAGGAUAGCACUUGGAUGGACUAUUCUACCAUGUACCAGGCAGCUGCGCUUAUGGGAUGGAAAAAUGGAGAGAUUGAGCUUGGAUUAUCGACCUUGAGUAAUCAGCCGCAGUUGGAAGAGUUCUUCCCUUGCGAGCGGAGUUGGCCCUCAUCGUCGUCAUCACUGCCUUCUUUCUCAGGAGGAAGUCCCGAGUAUUCAUCUCUUCUUAAUAACAUGGUUUACGGUUCCUUCAUCCCCGACCCUUCAAAGGAGCUCAUCGCCAAGGUAGCAGCCCAACCAUCUCCAGCUGUUUUUCCGCCACCUCAAGCGGCUAUGCAAGCCUGUAGCCAGCGUCGUAGUGCUCGAUUUCCAAUCCUUGGAGAUGAUGACGAGGCUGCGAUCACAAGAGCGAUGAUGGCUGUCAUCUCCUCGUCGUCCUCUUCUUCAUAUUCUUCUUCUCCUCCGUUAAUAUCCCGGACACCGCAAGAGGCUCAAAACCAUCAAUUAGGGGCGUUCAAGCCUUACAACUUGGCUCUUGCUCCAAAACUUGAACCUAAGAAUGGUUCAUGCGGCCAAAAGAUGAUCAAGAAGUCCAUCUCCAUCUCUAAAAGAAUCAAUUGGUCAAGCGCCGAAGCCCGAUCGAAAGAACCACGAGCAGCAUCUAGCAAUCAGUUGCAUCAUGUGAUAUCAGAGCGCAGACGCCGGGAGAAACUUAAUGGGAGCUUUCAAGAGCUCAGGAUCCUACUUCCCCCAGGGUCCAAGAAGGACAAGGCUUCAGUUCUCACCAGCACAAGGAACUAUUUGAGUACUCUGAAAGGUCAAAUCUAUGAGCUCGAAGAGAAGAAUCGAAAACUAGAGAUGCGACUUCCUUCUACAGAUGAAACACAAGAAACUACUGGCUCGAGUGGAGGAGUAGAAGUCGAAAUUAUCAAGGCUUCUGAUCUGACGACAACAACAGAAUUGCAGCACAUCAACUUCGGAUUAACAGUGAAGGCAGAAUGCGAUAUCAUUUCACUGGUUCUCCAUGUUCUCCAAUGCCUGAAAGCAAUGAGACUUACCAGCCUGCUAUCGGUGGAUGCAUACGCUUUCUCUUCGCAAAUGAAUCUAUUUGCAAGAGUAAACAUAGAACUACAAAUCAAGGCACGCGAUUGGAAUGAGGAAUUAUUUAAGCAAGCCAUGAUCAUGGCAGUUGACGGCAUGACUACGACUUCUCCAUAAGUCUUCUCCACUGGAGUUUACGCCUAGGCUAGCUGCAUGGCAUCCAAUAGCAUUUGAAGAUGAUGACGGCUCUUUUUUUUACUUUUUUUUCUUUUUGCUAGGAAGAUGGUGACGGCUCUUCAAAAAGCCAAACCAGUACCUUUCAAGGAUGGUUAAAUGCACCUAAACAGCCUCUUAAGACUCUUAAGUUUUACCAUUAGGAAAGAGAUGGGUGGCAUCAGGUCAUCACUCGUCAGUCAUUACUGUGGAGAUAAUUUGGAGUUUAGAGGAUUGUAUUAUAUUGUGUGAAUGGAUAGCUUUCUUCUCAUUUUA